CCCCUCUCCCUCUCCCUUUACACUCCCUAAACACAGCAACCCGAAAUCUUAAAUUCCUUCACACCACCUGUGGGGAAACACACACCAGCUCCACCUCCAGCAAGGGUCGACACGGUUCGUUCUUCUCCACUUCGAGGAGUUUCUCAAACCUCGGAGGGAAGCUCUCUGUCUCGGAUCCCUGCUCCAUGCUCUGCUGCAGGAUCUCCAAGGGUACGUGACCUCUCCCCUGCUCCCCUGUGACCUCUGAAUCCCAGCCGACCUUCGACUCCUCCCCCAGAGGCCGGACUGUCAUCCAUGGCGCUGGAGAAGCUCCUGCGUUUCGGGAAGCGGUUGCUGCGGGUGAAAGUGGUGAACUGUAACUCCGAUGACUCCCGCCUGUCGCGAUGUCUUAACACUUUUGACCUGGUGGCGCUGGGCGUGGGCAGCACGCUGGGCGCCGGCGUCUACGUGCUAGCCGGGGCUGUUGCACGAGAGAAUUCGGGUCCUGCUAUCGUGCUGUCUUUCCUGAUAGCAGCCUUGGCCUCAGUGAUGGCCGGUCUAUGCUAUGCUGAGUUUGGAGCCCGUGUUCCCAAGACAGGUUCAGCUUAUCUCUACUCCUAUGUGACAGUAGGGGAGCUCUGGGCGUUCAUCACUGGAUGGAACCUCAUCCUCUCCUAUAUCAUCGGCACCUCCAGUGUGGCCCGUGCAUGGAGCGCCACCUUCGACGAGUUGGUCGGGAAGCGCAUCGAAAUGUUCUGUAGAGAACACAUGUCUAUGAAUGCUCCGGGUAUAUUGGCCGAAUACCCCGACAUGUUUGCUGUCAUCAUCAUAUUCACCCUCACAGGUCUUCUGGCAUUCGGGGUGAAAGAGUCAGCCAUUGUGAACAAAGUUUUUACGUGUAUCAACGUCCUCGUCCUGAUGUUCAUGGUGGUCUCUGGGCUGGUCAAGGGCACCAUGAAGAAUUGGCAGAUCGACCCUGACGAGAUCCUUAAUGGCAAUUACACCAGUAACUCCAGUCUCAAUGUGACAGUUGUCCUGCCAACCAAAGAGAGAUUAGGGGUGGGCGGCUUCAUGCCAUUUGGUAUCACAGGCGUCCUCUCAGGAGCUGCUACCUGCUUCUACGCCUUCGUCGGGUUCGACUGCAUCGCCACCACAGGUGAAGAGGUGAAGAACCCCCAGAGAGCCAUCCCUAUCGGCAUCGUGUCCUCGCUGCUCAUCUGCUUCGUGGCGUACUUCGGCGUCUCCGCGGCCCUCACCCUCAUGAUGCCCUACUACCUGCUGGACAGCAACAGCCCUCUGCCUGUGGCCUUUAAAUACGUGGGCUGGGGAGGAGCCAAGUACGCUGUCGCUGUAGGCUCUCUGUGUGCUCUGUCGACCAGCCUGCUGGGUGCUAUGUUCCCUAUGCCCCGUGUGAUCUGGGCUAUGGCCGACGAUGGGCUGCUUUUCAAGUUCAUGGCCGAGAUCAGCCCCCGCACCAAAACCCCGUUAAUCGCAACCCUCACCUCGGGCAUAGGGGCAGCUAUCAUGGCCUUUCUGUUCGACCUGAAGGACCUGGUGGACCUGAUGUCCAUAGGGACGCUGCUGGCCUACACGUUAGUGGCGGCCUGUGUCUUGGUGCUCAGGUACCAGCCGGAGCAGCCUAGUUUGGCGUAUGAGUUGGCCAGCACCCAGGAGGAGGUGGAGCAAAGUGACGGCAUCAGCAUUCCCAGUAUGGGCAUGCUGCCCGGUGUGGAGGAACGGUUUAGCGUCAAGACGAUGCUGUUCCCAGACAACCCCGAGCCAUCCGCGCUGUCGGGCUUCACCGUCAAUGUCUGCGUCUCUGUCCUGGGAACGUUGAUCCUGGCGUUCAGUGUGCUGGCUGUGCAGGGAGGCUUCGCUGUGUGGAACAUCGUAGCCCUCACCUUCAUCUUUAUGGUGUGCCUCUCCAUCACCUUCAUCAUCAGGAGACAACCUGAGAGCAAGACCAAACUAUCUUUCAAGGUUCCGAUGCUGCCGUUCCUCCCAGUGAUCAGCAUGUUUGUGAACGUCUACCUGAUGAUGCAGCUGGACAGAGGCACUUGGAUACGGUUUUCAUUCUGGAUGGCCCUAGGUUUCUUGAUCUAUUUCGGUUACGGCUACCGUAACAGCGCUGAGGGCAAGAUGGCCCGCUCGUCUCCAGACACGGAGAUGAUCGGCUUCAAGCUCAGUCACGAAUCGGAGGCCGCGUCGCAAGAGAAGGAGGCCUUCCUUCAGAACGGAAUCCUCGCCGGGGAGGAGCUUGAGGACGAGGAGUUGUAGAAAGCGUAGGAAGCAUCGGAACCUAUGUCAACCUGCCCUGACGCCCAGUCUGUCUGUGUAAGAGUAUUUCUGAAAAGACAACUCCCAGCCCCUCACUGACGGUACUCCCAGUUGGGAAGAGUAAUGAUAAAAUGACAGUUUGGCCUAAAAUUCACAGACGUGUAACGUUCCCCCUUCAGCUGUCGGGUAGAGCGCAGGCGGCUGGUGAUAAAUGUAUCAUCCUAAAACAGAACUUUUAUGAACAUAACUUGUAUUAUUGCGGUUUGUGAGACAGGCUUGUUACUCCCUUGUGGUUGGCCUUGAGGUUUAGCCGCUGUCUGAAGCGGGUGGGUGGGGGGGUGG